UAGUUUUAUUACAACCUUCUUCGCAUAUUAUACGAGGUGAUAUAUUAACUGUUAGACAAAAAUUUUCAAAUAGCUUAUUUUUACAUUAGGACAAAACUGAUGAUUUUUUGAUAAAACAAAAAUCAUUCUCUUCGAUAAGAAUUACAGAUAAAAAAAAAUUUAUACUUUAUCAUUGCGGGGUAAUGCGUUAUCUAAUUAUAAAUACAAAUGAAUAAGUUUUUCUGGGGCUAGGAAAAGGAAGGAAGGGGAGAAUCUUUUUUGUCAUUUGUUUCGCAUUUCAAAUAUAAUAUAGUGUAAACAUUUGGAGAAAAAAAAGAAGAAUUUUUUUUUUUUCUUUUCCCCAACUCACUGUCAGCGGAAAGGGAAUAAUAAUCAUUGUGAUUAUCAAUUAAAGAUUGACAACACUUUGUCAGCCCUGUAUUUAAAAGAGAGCUCCUCCAAUGAAUCUGAGGAAUCGAGAACGCAACGCAUCACCAGUAGCUUCUUGUUCUACUGUCGAAAUGGAAUUCAUUGUGAUUUGAAGAAAGAGAAAAAAAAAAAUUCUCUCAUUUUUUUUUGUGAGAAGAUUUUUCAAAAUUUCGAAAUAUUUUGAGAAACUACUUCACGAGGGACUUUAAAAAAAAAAAUGGUUGUCAGUGUUAUUACUCUGGAUCCGAAUCUUCUUCGGAUUUCUACCAGCCAGAAAAUCGAUUCACAAACAGACGAGGCCGUAGCUCAAAAUGCCAUCGACGCUACAGGUUUCGGUAAAUUCAAUUGGAAAAUAUCGAUAUUGGGUGCCUUAAUAUUUAUGAAUUCUGCAAUCAGUAUUACCAGUGCUAGCUUUAUCAUUCCUGCUGCAGUAUGUGAUUUUCAAUUAAAGACAAUUGAUAAGGGGCGUAUAGCAAUUGCUCCUUUAUUGGGCACGUGCUUUGGAUGUUUAAUUUGGGGUUUUGUUGCUGAUAUGAAAGGUCGUAAAAAGGCUUUAAUUAUGACUCUAUUUAUUCAAGGAAUCUCAGAGGCCAUUGCUUCUAUUGUCAGAAAUUAUUGGGUUUUUUUGUUUUUCAAGUUCCUCAGUGGUGUGGCAGUGGCUGGCCAAGUAGCUUUAUUAUUUACAUACAUCGGUGAAUUUCAACCAAAGAAAUUCCGCAAAAGAAUUCUUUCAUGGAUGGAGGCAGCGUGGAUCGUUGGCCUUUUAAUUUUACCUAAUUUAGCAUGGAUUAUUCUUCCACUGGAAUUCGCUUACGAAUCAGAAUACUUCUUUUUUCGCUCGUGGAAUUUAUUUAUUUUAGUCUGCUGUUUACCAGCGGAAUUAAUAGCGAUUGCUUUAUUCUUUUUCCCCGAAACACCAAAAUAUCUCGCGGAAACUGGACAAAAUGUAAAACUAUUAAAAGUUCUUGGGAGAAUGUACGAAGAAAAUACUGGAUUGUCAUCACAAAAGUACUUUGAUAUGUUAAUGAAUAGUGAAGAUGCUGCUUUGGCAAAAUUGGUGGCGCAAUGGCAAAAUAAAUCUCUCGAGGCAGAAAAAAUGACGAGGAGAAGUAAAAAAUUUAUGGAUAUUGUGAAAAGUUUUAGAAAACAGGCAAAAACACUCGUUAAAUCAGCGGCAUAUUUAAAAAGUAUUUCUGUUGCUUGUAUCAUUGGAUUUUUGGAAUUGUCAUCAUAUUAUUCUCUACUUUUAUGGCUGCCGGAAAUUUUCGAAAGAUUUGCCAAAUUUGAAAAGCAUUUUCCCAAUGAGACAACAAGCAUUUGUUCUGUUUCAAAGCAAUUGAUUUCUCUUAAUUCAACUUCGGAAGUUGAUGUUCCGUUAGAAUUUUGUAAUCGACAUAUAGAUCCCAGUGUUUUUACAAAUUCUCUAUGGCUAGGAGUCGCUUGUGUUCCUGCAGCUGUAAUUGUACCACUUUUUGUUGAUAGGAUGGGAUUCAAAUUCUUUUUAGUAUUCACGAAUGCCGUGGCAUUUGUUGUGACCUUAGGACUAUUUCUGGUGAAAUCCUCCCUUCAAAAUUUAGUACUUUCGUGUAUUUUUGAAUCAAUGACAUCUCUGGCUAUGAGUCUCAUGUAUUGUCUAUUAGUUGUUACUUUUCCAACAAACUGCAGAAUGAUUGCAGGAACACUUUUAGGAUUAUUCGGUAGAGUAGGAAGUCUCGUAGGAAAUUUAAUGGUCACUUAUUUGAUUGACGACUACUGCGAUACACUGAUUAUCAUAGUUGCAGUUCAACUUCUUGUGGCCACAAUUCUAAGUUUCAUCGUUCGCUAAGGAACACAAUUACAUCACCUAGAUUAUCGUAGUUUUAAUUUAAUUUAUUAAACUAAAUUAAUAAAACUCAUUAAUUUAAUUUGCAUUUUAAAAAGAUAUAAGACCGAAACUCUUGUCGAGCAUGAGUCUCUCUUUAUAUCCUCGAAUUGUACACAAUUUUUUUUUUGUUUAUUUUUUAACGAUUAUCUUAAAUACAAGAUUUUUAUAAACGCGAGAAAACCAAUUACUUUAUUUAUAUAAAAAAGAAUAAGAAAAACUUCGUGAUAAAAAAUUGGUGCUCUCAAUGUUCUGUUACUGCAAAAACUUGCUAGAUAAUUUUUUAUCUGUUUUAAUCGUCGAUUACAUACAAAAUAGUAUUAUUUCUCAUAUAUAUAUAUAAAUAUUAGAAUUGUUAUUUUACCAUUUUUUCUACUACCGUUAUACACUAAACUAUUUAUAUAUAUAUGUAUAGUUAAUUAAAUUGUUAAUUUAAGUUACAUAUUAUAUAUAUACAUAAUUUUUUUUCUGUAUUACGUGAUUUUGAAAAGUUUUUGUCGUCUUUUUUUUUUUUUUUAAUGAAAAUAACUGAUAUAAAUGUGCAAUAUAUGUUGAGUGUGAAGUGUUUUUCGCGAGAAUGUUGAGAAAAGAGAAUAAAAAUUGUUAUUAAAUA